UAAGCCGGCAGAUGGCGGCUAUCUCGCGCGAUGGACCGCGGCUGGCAGUCCGCCAGCAGCAACCAAGGCAACAUCGCCAGCGCCGACCCAAGAAGCGCUCGGCAGCUCCGUUACAAAGCGCGAUUUGCGUCCCUUCACCGCGAUAACAGCCAGCUGAAGGACAGGCCUCUAGCUGCUGCUGCGUGGCGCACUUGCAUUUCUCCACUUCUUCGGCGGCAACGGCUGCGGGACAUUGAAACACACAAGAGCGAGCCAUUACUGCGGCUGUGGCCAGUUGGCGCGAGGCGCGACACACUACUCACUCUCACACCUAAACGAGAGCGCAGAGGCUCAGAAGCUCUACUCCCUCCAUCGCUGCAAGUCCGGCACCUCACCGCAACACAAGCCAUUGCAGCAUGUACCGCGAGGGAUACCUCAUCAAGUGCGGGCGCAGCACGUAUGACCCACCGCAACUGCUCUUCUGCGUGUUCGAGGACGGCGUGGUCAAGUACUUCCAGGAGAAGGGCGGCAUGUUCGUGGGCGAGCUCGAGCUGGCGGGCCACGUGACCAAGGUGCGCGUGGAGAAGUCCGCGCCCGGCAAGUUCCCGUACCGCUUCUCCGUGUCCUCGGCGGAGGUGGUGCGCGUCGAGGGCCGACGCAUGAAGCUCGGCGAGGCGCGCAUGACCGAGUUCGCGGCGCCGACCAACGACCUGAUGAAGGAGUGGGCCAACUCGCUGCACCUGUGGCGCCGCAUGAACUGGAAGGAGAACGUCAAGUUCUUCGACAACUCGAGCGAACUCUCGCAGGCCGAAGAGCUGGAGACGCUGCAGCUGCAGAUGCACACGAUGAAGACGGUGCGCGGCCGCUCGACCUCCGGCGCCAAGUUCAGGACGCCGUUCGUCAACAUCAUGCACGGACAGCCCUCGCCCACGAUCAAGAAGCUGCGUCAGAUGAUCAUGCACACGGGGUCCACGGCGUGCGCGUAA